ACUUCAAGGCUGCCUGCCCUUCAUGUACAUCUCAACCAUAAAAAAUGUUGGGAAAGAGGAGUAGAGUGUAAUUUGCCUUGACCCAGCCUCUCUCCUUCAGGGAUCUUCCCUUCACUUAACAGAUAAGAUCUCUUCUUCUCUAGCCUCUCCUCUCUCCUACUGACCUCUCUGAUUCACCUCCUUCUCCUCCCUCCUCUUUUCUGAAGACUGUUCAGCUAACACUCAUUAACACAUGUUAAUGAGCAUUAAUUCACAACUCUGCUGUUCCUAGUGAUGGAGCAGGUGGGGAGCAGGAAGGGGGUACAGAGCUGCCAAGAAGCUGCCGGGUAAGGCAGGCAUCUACCAGGCUGUGCUUUCCUGAUGGCAAGGUCCUGGGCUAAGCUUCUAUGGCCCAGGGCACAAGGGCAAUGCCAACAUGCCCAUCGAGGAAGCACCGGCACUAAAAGUCUUCAUUUUCUCCAAGAGGUGGUUCAGAACCUCCCUUGGUCAAGCUUGGACAAACUCUGGCCAAAUCCCCAGAGAGCAGAACUGGGCUAGGUCUCUUCCUCCCCACUUCUAAUUCUGGACGGCUCUGUGAAUCCUGACCCCAGUGAACCCACAUGCUCCCUCCACAAAUAGAACAGGAUGGAGACAGUGUGGGGACAAGUAGCUAGUCCAUCCCACUUCCCUCGGGAUCCCACCAUUAGUUUCGGCAGGUCCCUCUUGUCCCAGACGUGGGCUGUGGGCAAGGUGAGAUCACCAGGAUGGAGAGGAGGAGGGCAAGUCAUCAGAAAGUCCGAUGGGGCAGGCUCAUCACGUCCCCUCCUCAUUGUGUACCUUCCUCAGGAUCAACGCUGCCCAGUCCCAUCCUUGCCUUCCAGAUCCCAAGACUCGUUCGCUGCAUCCGUGCGCCCUCUAGUGGGGGCCGCUCCCCGCGCGCACUCUCCCGAGGCUCUAUAUAAAGGAGGAGAAGCGCCUGGGCUGGUUGCAGUACUGGGGAUCCAGAGCCGGGGAGCCGCAGGGAGAGCGCAGCGCUGAGCCUUGGUCCGACCCACCCAUCCAUCAUGGCAGGACAGCAGCAGCCUCCUUACCUGCACCUGGCCGAGGUGACGGCGUCCCAGUUCCUGGACAUUUGGAAGCACUUUGAUGCUGACGGAAAUGGAUACAUUGAAGGAAAAGAACUAGAAAAUUUCUUCCAAGAAUUGGAAAAGGCAAGAAAAGGAGCUGGCAUGGACUCAAAGAGUGGCAACUUUGGGGAGAAGAUGAAGGAGUUCAUGCAGAAGUAUGACAAGAACUCAGAUGGAAAAAUUGAGAUGGCAGAGUUGGCUCAGAUCCUGCCUACAGAGGAAAACUUCCUGCUCUGCUUCAGGCAACAUGUGGGCUCCAGUGCAGAAUUCAUGGAGGCUUGGCGGAAAUAUGACACUGACAGAAGUGGCUACAUUGAGGCCAAUGAACUCAAGGGAUUCCUGUCAGAUCUGCUGAAGAAAGCUAACCGGCCCUAUGAUGAGCCCAAGCUCCAAGAGUAUACACAGACCAUACUGCGUAUGUUUGACUUAAAUGGAGAUGGUAAAUUGGGCCUCUCAGAGAUGUCCCGACUGUUGCCUGUACAGGAAAAUUUUCUCCUUAAAUUUCAGGGCAUGAAGCUGACUUCAGAAGAGUUCAAUGCGAUCUUUACAUUUUAUGAUAAGGACGGGAGUGGCUACAUUGACGAGAAUGAACUGGACGCCCUUCUGAAGGAUCUGUAUGAGAAAAACAAGAAGGAAAUGAAUAUACAGAACCUCACAAGCUACAGAAAGAGUGUUAUGUCUUUGGCUGAAGCUGGGAAACUCUACCGCAAGGACCUGGAGAUUGUGCUCUGUAGUGAGCCCCCCAUGUAAAAUGUGGGGGGGCUAGUCCCCUUCUCUCCUCCAAAUUCUCCUCUCCCUUCUACCCUGCUGCUUCCACUGAGAUCUAGGGAUGAUGAGGCCCCUGAACACCCCUUGCUACCCAGCACAGUACACCCAGAGAGCAAGAGAGGAAGGAAGGAGCAACAGCUGAUGGAUGUCCAUUGGGCCUUCUGUCCCACAUCACUUAUGCCCCAACCCUGCACCCCCAACCCACCCACGGCUAGCCUUGCUGCACUCUGCUUGUGACUUGGAUUAGGGGAGAGGAGCCCUAGUUCUCUUUGCUGUGAUGCAUGAGCUCAUCUGUUGUAUGAUUUAGGCUACUGCGUCCAAUAGGGUGACAGUCUAUCUUGCUCCCCUUGUGUCCCUCUUCUAACUGGUUCCCUAAGUCUCAUCCAACUCCUCUAGCUGGUGGCAUAAUUAGUUUCUUCUUCCAGUUUCUGAUCGUGGUGCGAACGUAACCUGCCUUGCCUUUUCCAUUUUGGUUUUUCCCUUUUUUCAGUUUUGAUUUCUUGUCUUAUUGUUUACCAAAGAAGAGUUUACAAACAAUAAAAUGGAAAAGUUCUGCUACUCAAGCUCA